GAGACGCUUUUUUUUACCCACACAGGAGGCUACACAACAGCACUUGAAGUAACGGUGCGUGUCUUUAUCUUCUCCGAGAUUUUACAGAAAAGACUGUUGUUGAUUUGAAGAUAGUGGCACUGAGACACAAACUGGGGAGAUGGCGGUGUAUUUUGACCACCGUAUUGAGGCUCCUGAAAACAGCGAUGUACCCUCUCAGUUGACAUGGCACUCGACUCUUCCUUUACUGGCUGUGGCAUCAAACAGCCUCACUACUGGAGGCAAUGUAGACAUCUACCUACAACAGGGAGAGUAUGUGGAGAGUUGCCAUAUAGAACGCCCUCACCAGCCUACUGUACUGCGCUGGCAUCCCUCAAAGUCGGUGUUGGCACUGGGCUGGGAGAAUGGAGAGGUACUGCUGCUCACAAUCCCCUCUGGAGAAAAGACUGUACUGUCCAACGUUCAUACAGCCAGCAUCACACUGCUGGAGUGGAGUAGCUUUGGUAGCCGCUUGGUAACUGGAGAUCAGGCUGGAGUUCUAGCAGUUUGGAAAUUAGAUGCCAGAGGGAGACUUCAAGGAAACCAUCAAGUAAAACAUGAAUACAGCAAACCUUUAACAUGCUGCAUCUUUAGACCUGCCUUACCUGGCAUUGAUGUGGCAAAGCUAGCUCGAGCAUCAGUGAGUGGUGAUGAGAGUGCUUUGGACAUGUUCAGUUGGAAAGGAGCUCCUCUGAAGAUGGGACCUCAGGAAGGACUUAUCUUCUAUGUGAGCACUGCAGAUGGUAAAGUCCAUAGUGUGGAUGAGCAUUGUAAGACAAAUACACUUCUCAGUGUGGAAGGUUCCAUCAAGAAACUUUUCUUCCUUCAGAAGAGAGAGGCCCUCGCAGUGGUCACAGAGACCCUCAUGCUGUCACAGUACACACUGGGACCUGAAGGUGGAGCACAGGAGUUUAUGAAGGUUAAGUUGAGCAGCAAACCUGGGCAGAGUGUGGAUAUUAUUUGGACAGAAAGCAGCCUCCUCAUCACAGCGACAGGAGAACAGAUCAUCAGACUGUGGGACCUGGAAAGAGAUGACAACUAUAUUUUGUCUCUUGAUGAGACUCUGGGGUUUGAUAGGGGAGAGAUGAUCAAUUGUGUUUCCUACUGUGCAGCAAAAGAAAUCCUAGCAGCUGGUACAUCCCAGGGGCGCAUAGCAAUGUGGAAGACGGUGGUGCAGCCAAACAUCAGAGUGGACACCAAGACCCUGUGGAAAUUACAGACACCCACUGAAAUAGCGGGAAAUGUCACUCAGCUACAGUGGGGCUCCAGCCAGAAUCUGUUGGCAGCGAACAAUUCAAAGACCGUGCUGAUCCUUUGUGAGCAUGUGAUGUCCGCCCACUUCAGUCAGCAGGUGGCAGCAGUGCAGCUUACCCCAACACAACUCACCAUCACUCAGUUCACCACAGGAGUGCACCUUGCUCUGCAGUCUGACAUGCACAUCAAAGGAGUCUGUGUUAACAAAGAUUCAGUGACUGUCUGGAAUGGCAAAGUUGUCACUGUAUAUGAGCUUUCAGGGACAGUUUUGCGCAAUACAGGAUCAUUUCCUUGUGAUUCCCAUGAAGUAGCAAUGCACGGUGAGAACCUCUACACUGUGGAACCUAACAGGGUACAGAUUCGAACUCCACAGGGCACAGUAAAGCAACUUUUAACUUUCUCAAAGUCAGAGGGCAACCCUGUGUUACUCAAUGUGUGCCAGUCUUACCUGGUAGUAGGUACAGACACAGCACACAUCAGAGUGUUUGACCUCUCUAGAAGAGAUGCCAAAGCUCACUGUGGUGCUAAGAAUUUGGCUGAUGAGAUUGCCAAUCUGGGAGCUCUGAGGUCGGUUAAGUGUAAUGCCAAUGGCAGCCAAGUCAGCAUCUUAAUUUCUCAGGUUAAUGGACGACCUGAUCACAAAGUGUACUUUUAUGACGUUGAGAUGGACACUGUGACACACUUUGACUUCUUCACCGGAAGACCGUCUAGUGGUAUCUCACAGCAAGAAGAAAGUGAAAAGCAGCAGUUUCAGGAAACAGAACUUAGUGGUCGCUGUCCAGUGUCUCACUUCUGGGAUGAGAGUGAACCACGCCUUUUUGUUUGCGAGACAGUGCCAGUCAGCUCCGAAUCCUCAUCAAAUAGUUUUGCAGAUAUGGUGGAUGUAUCGGUGGUGACACUGUUCUGUACACAAGAGCACGGACUCCUUCUACAAGACUGCUACCCCAAACCUACAGGCCUGCAAGCCCUCCUCGCUCUGGAUGUGCCCUACUAUUAUUUUAGCUGCAAGCCAGGUGAGAGGGAUCCAGGUUUAAUAGAGGCUUCUUCGACAAGAGGGGCACCUUCCCAAUUCCCUCAUAUGGUGUCCAGGCGGGCUCUUAGAGAUUUUGUGGGCCUGGAGAACUGUGAGAAAUCCACUCGUGAUGCCAUGCUUAACUUCAGCUUCUUCCUGACUAUUGGGGACAUGGAUGAAGCUUUUAAGUCUAUCAAGCUCAUCAAGAGUAAGGCAGUAUGGGAAAACAUGGCACGGAUGUGUGUGAAAACUCGCCGGCUGGAUGUAGCACGCGUGUGCCUUGGGAAUAUGGGGAAUGCCAGGGCAGCAAAAGCGCUGAAGGAAGCCGAAGCAGAGCCUGAACCAGAAGCCCAAGUGGCGAUGUUGGCCAUUCAACUCGGCAUGCUGGAAGAUGCAGAAAAGUUGUACAAAAGCUGUCAACGCCAUGACCUGCUGAAUACUUUCUAUCAGGCCUCAGGCCAAUGGCAGCAAGCUUUGGAGACAGCUGAAAUUCACGACCGCAUCCAUCUGCGUACCACCUACUACAAUUACGCCAAGUACUUGGAGUCCAUGGGAGACAAGACUCUGGCCCUUGCUUACUAUGAAAAAUCAGACACACACAGGGUUGAGGUGCCCAGGAUGCUCCAGGAUGACACAUCAUCUCUAGAGAUUUAUGUUAACAGAAUGAAAGACAAGAGCAUCUAUAAGUGGUGGGCCCAGUACCUGGAGAGCCAGUCAGACAUGGACUCAGCACUGCUAUUUUAUGACCUUGCUCAGGAUUACCUGUCUCUGGUUCGAGUCCACUGCUACAUGGGGAACAUUCAGGAGGCAUCUCAGAUAGCCAAUGAUACAGGAGACAGAGCAGCAUCGUACCACCUGGCCAGACAUUAUGAGGGUCAUGAUGAUAUCAAACAAGCAGUUCAUUUCUACACACGAGCCCAGGCCUACAACAAUGCCAUCCGGCUUUGUAAGGAGAACGGCCUUGAUGACCAGCUCAUGAACCUCGCUCUGCUUAGUAACCCAGAAGACAUGAUGGAGGCUGCCUGUUACUACGAGGAGAAAGGCACCCACAUGGAUCGAGCUGUUUCACUCUACCAUAAGGCUGGAUAUGUCUCCAAAGCUCUAGAGCUGGCCUUUGCCACCGAGCAGUUCUCUGCACUUAUGCUCAUUGCAGAAGAUCUGAAUGAGAACUCUGAUCCAGCCCUCCUAGCCCGCUGCUCUGACUUCUUCAUCACCCAUUCCCAGUAUGAGAAAUCAGUGGAGUUACUGGUUGCAGCUAAGAAGUACCAUCAAGCCCUGGAGCUGUGCUUGACCCAGAACAUGACAAUCACAGAGGAACUGGCUGAAAGAAUGACUGUAACAGACUCAAAAGACAUGUCUGAAGAGGCUCGCAGGGGACUGCUGGAGAAGAUAGCUGACUGCUGCAUGCGACAGGGAAACUACCACUUGGCUACUAAGAAAUACACACAGGCAGGCAACAAACCCAAGGCAAUGAGGGCACUCCUCAAGUCAGGUGACACAGAGAAAAUUAUUUUCUUUGCCAAUGUGUGUCGUCAGAAGGAGCUUUUCAUCAUGGCUGCCAACUAUCUCCAGUCUCUGGACUGGCGUAAAAACCCAGAGAUCUUAAAGACAAUCAUUGGUUUUUACACUAAAGGCAGGGUACCAGACCUUCUUGCUGGUUUCUAUGAAGCUUGUGCUCAGGUGGAGAUUGAUGAUUACCAAAACUAUGAAAAGGCCCUGGAUGCACUGACUGAGGCAUUCAAGUGUCUUUCGAAAGCAAAGGACACUUCAGGUGGACAGCAAGAAGCAAGACUAGCUGACCUGCAGCAUAAGAUCACACUCAUCAAGAAGUUUGUCCACAUACGCAGACUGUAUGCUGAGGAUGCAGACGAAGCGGUGAGGUUGUGUGAAGCUCUGCUGGACGAGCCAACGUUGGAACCUGCUGUCAGGAUCGGAGAUGCAUUUGGUUUCCUUGUUGAGCACCACUGUCAGCAAGGCAACUUCCAAGUGGCCUACCAUAAGCUGGAGGAGCUCCAGAAGCUGCUGCCAUCCCAGAACGUCAGGUACUACCUUAGCCAAGCCAGCUUAGAGGCCCUUCAGAAGAAGAUGGGUAUACCUAUGGAACCUGCUGACCAUAGAAACAGUGUGAGGGAAGAGGAUGAAGUGGAGGAAGACUUGAAUAUCUCUUAACUGUGUCUCAGUGAAAUUAUUUUUUGUUUUUUUGUUUAUGGGGGUUUUUUGUACAUACGGUCUCUUACAGGCUCUUUUUUAGACCGGUAACGACUGUGUAGCUGUUUCUGUGUAAAACAGCAUCAAACAGACACAAAAACAGGUUGCAAUAAAAGGUUACUAAGAGCACUGAGGAGCAUACAAAACAAUGAAGGGUGAAGGCUGCACCAAGAGCACAUCAAGUUGAACACAGACUGUUUUAAGUUUGUCCUCACGUCUGUCUUUGUGGUUUACAAGCAU